CAUUGAACGCAGAUUGUACGACGAGGCGUUUUGCCUGGAAUGAAAAACAGGUUGAACGUGAAGACCUACUCAAAGCCUGGGAUAUUUUACUCAAAAUUCUUCAUUUGUGCCUUUUGAAAGCAAAGUAGAGGCAACUUUUUUUUCUCGAAGUGACUGCCCAAGAAGCCCAAGGCGUCUUACUGGACUUCCCGAACAAAAUACACACAGCCCGAAUUUGCCAAUGACAUGACCAAGGAUUUGCAGACUCUUCCUGGGGUCAAGUCGGCCUGCUCCAACGCUGCUGUAUUUUUGUGGUAACAUUGUGAAAUUGAAAGGAAGCAGAUUUGCCAGUCACCAUGCCAGCCCUCUCCACCAGAGCCGGCAGUGAGAUAGGUCUGUAUGAGCUGUUGUCUGUACUGCCGUCUCAGCUGCAGCCUCAUGUUGAAGGCGCAGAUGACCGCUCUUUUCUACACGCUAUGUUUGGGAAGAGGAGUCUACAUUCAUUGGUCAAGAUCCAUGAGAAGUUACAGUGUUAUGAAGACCGCACUCCAACUCCAGUACUGGACAGCGCCGGCUCACUGGCUCAAGACUUGACGGAGGAACUUCAGGGAAGAAGUGCAAGUAAUGAGAUGAGAGAGCUUGUCAAGCUACUGUCCAAACCACAUAUAAAGAGUUUGUUGUCAGUUCAUGAUACUGUGGCCAGGAAGAGUUACGAUCCAGAACUUCCUCCUCUGCCAGAUGACAUUGAUGAUGAUGAAGAUUCUGUCAAGAUCAUUCGACUGGUCAAGAAUAAAGAGCCUUUGGGUGCCACCAUAAAGAAGGAUGAACACACUGGAGCAAUCAUAGUGGCGCGCAUCAUGAGGGGCGGGGCAGCAGACAGAAGUGGGCUGAUACAUGUCGGAGAUGAGCUGAAAGAGGUCAACGGUAUCCCUGUAGAUGACAAAAAUCCUGAGGAAAUAAUUUGCAUCCUGUCCCAGUCGCAAGGUGCCAUAACGUUCAAAGUUGUCCCAGGCAUCAAAGAGGAGGCACAAAGCAAAGAGCCCAAGAUGUUUGUAAAGACGCUUUUUGACUACAGUCCAGCUGAGGAUAAGGCGAUCCCUUGCAAGGAGGCAGGCUUGGCAUUCAGAAAGGGAGAUAUCCUGCAGGUUAUGAGCCAGGACGAUGCCACCUGGUGGCAGGCCAAACUGGAGGGUGAUGGCAACCCGCACGCAGGACUCAUCCCAUCCAAACAUUUUCAGGAGAGGAGGUUUGCAGUCUGGAGACCCAUGACCGUCACGACUCUUCAGAGAACCCCCAGCAAAAGAUUUUCGGGUCUACGGAGGAGUUUUCGUCUCAGCAGAAGAGAUAAGAAGACAAAUAAGUCGAUGUAUGAAUGUAAGAGAAGUGAGCAAUACGACACAGCUGAUGUGCCCACUUAUGAAGAGGUGACGGCCUACCGCAGAAAACACGGAGACAGGCACAGACUUGUCUUGUUAGUUGGUCCUUCUGGUGUUGGUUUGAAUGCGCUAAAAAGGAAAUUGUUGAUAUCCGAUCCACAACAUUUUAGUAUCACCAUCCCACAUACCUCUCGAUCAAAGAGACAUCAGGAAAGUGAUGGAGUGGAGUAUCAUUUUAUCUCCAAACAUCUUUUUGAGGCAGAUAUUCAGAACAGCAAAUUCAUUGAACAUGGAGAGUAUAAGGGAAACUACUAUGGGACAAGCUUCAACUCUGUACGUUCAGUCCUGUCUAAGAACAAGGUGUGCCUUCUAGACGUACAGCCACAUACGCUAAAGCAUCUUCGCACAGCCGAGUUUAAGCCCUAUGUUGUGUUUGUGAAGCCUCCAUCCAUCGAGCAUUUGAGUGAGACCAGGAAGAACGCAAAAGUCAUCUCAGGCAAAGACGAUAAGAACUCAUCCAAACCCUUCUCGGAGGAGGACUUCCAGGAGAUGAUCAGUGCUGCUCAGAUGAUGGAAAACCAGUACGGUCACCUCUUUGAAAAGGUCAUCGUGAACGAUGACCUCACGAUUGCCUUCAACGAGCUCAAGCAGGCGAUCAGGAAAGUGGAGACAGAUACUCACUGGGUGCCCGUAAGCUGGACUCAUUCCUGAGUGGUGGCACAAAACAGGACAAAAGGAACAAGGCAUCAAAUUUGGGGGGGGGGAACUAGGGGAAGGACUUGAAGAACUGUGAAAGAUUUCGUUUUAUUGUGUAUUUUAUUUUUGGCUGUAGAUGCUGAUGGAAAAUAUUUUAGUUGUCUUGACACAUCUGAAGUGGUUUAUCUAUUCACGGAGACUAAAGUGGAAGUGUAUAGAUUUGUUUUUGUUUUGUCAUGGUGGAUAUAGCUGAACAGGUGUAACUGCACUCAAAGUCAGCAAACGUCUGAUUGGUUAGCCGCCGCUGAGAUAGUGUUUCAGACUGCCAAUCAAGUGGUCUGGUGGUGUUGACCACUCCUUGGUAUAUUUUUAACAUUAGUUUAUAGAAACCAAAGGGAUGGUUAUUAUUUUUCUGUGCUCAAAGUACACAUUUUUGUAUUUCAGAACUUAGUACACCGUACUCCAUUGGCCUGUUACUCUGCAGCUAGUUUAAUCAGCACAGCAUUAACCAUAUACAUGG